CGAAGCAGAUCAGAUGAAAAUAAUAAAAACUAAUACUGAUAUUAUGGGGAGAAAGGCAUUGCUUCUGUUGGGGAAUUUCAUCGAACACUUCGUCAGCGCGAUUUUUGUUUUACAGAAAUGCCGGAGAGAUUCUUUAUCGGCAACUCGGUUCGAGGUUGCUCGACCUCCGAGCAAUUAUCUCUUCUCUGCGGGCCUCCGGCAUGUGGGAAAACUUCUCUUCUGUUCCAAUUUGCUUUCAACUGUGCUGCGGAGAGUGGUGGGAAAGUGGUGUUCAUUUGCAGCAAAAAACGAUUAGAACACAAACCCCCUUUUCUACCUCAGGAUAUUGAUCCGGCUUCAGACAUUCUUGGAAGGAUACAAAUGAAGUAUGUUGAAGAUGAUGUUGAAAUUAAGAAAUAUUUUGCAGCAUUUCAUCUGCAUGAAAGGUUCCCAGUAGCAGUCAUCAUUGAUGAUUUUGGCGAUUUCUUCAUCAAGGGAAAAUAUCAGGAUAAAUAUGGCCCAAGAGAUAGAGAAGCUGCUCUGGCUCAUGCAUUGGCUUUAUGUCAAAAUGCCAUUUCACAUGCAAAUUCAAAGUUGCAGCCUUGUGGCUCCUGCAAGCUUCUACUUUCAGAUACGCAAAGGCGGGACAACGCGAGCUUGUUGUUUAUAUAUAAGAUAUGGAUGCAAUCCAUAUUCAUCAUUGAAGUUGGUGGAAUGGAUUCAUUUUUCCUGAAGAACAUGGCUAAUCAAAGAAACUGGCCAACAAGGAGGAGAAUUGCAAAAUACAACUUUGCAUGUCAGUAUUUGAUACUCGAAGAGGUGUUGGAAGAAUAAGGUUGCUUUUCAACUUUGGUUCUUGCUCUACUUUGGAAAUAUUUUCACUGAUAUUAUAUGAGAGGGCCAAUGAGAGGUAAAUAUUCAAGUAAAAUGCAUUAGUUCUGCAUUGAUUACAAUGUUGUUGGGGGCGUUUACAUACAUACCAUACCACCCAAUUCUUAUGUAUUUACAUAUCUAACACCUAAUGUU